UUCUAAUUCACUAGGUGUCUACUAGUAUUUUACUAGUGAGCUUAUCUUCAAUUUGAAGGAGUGAAUUCAUCAGUAGUUCAGCGCCGUCGACUGACGUUGUACAAGCUCGAUGAAGUAAAGUAGCUUGUUUGCAAAACAAGUAGCUAUCUGCAGUUGCAAUAAUUUAUUUCUAUUUUCUGCGUCCUCUCGCAAUAUUCAUUGAAGAUGACGCGCGUCGCUCGACUUCAGUAUGCAGCUUUUACGGUUGCUGCCGUCUUCACGGUUUUUUUGCCGUCGCGUUGCCGCGCGGCCGGCUCCACCAGCCCUAAUGAGUUUAUGCAAAAUAACGUUGCCGCGUCUCUACUAGGAGACGAGCGUUCCACGGGCCCACUGGCCGCGACCAGUGUCGGGUGGAAUAACGCCGUCAAGGAGCAGUUGCGCCCUGCGUUUUUCCGGGGUAGGGCCAGGUUUCGGGAGUUGCUCCGCCAUGUGCAGGAGGGUGACAAGAGCUACAUUGUAGAACUUCAAGGCUUGACGCGGAAGAAAAAACCGGCACAGCCUUCCGGGGUUUUAUUUUCGCAGUCUCUUCUAUCGGACUGGUACGCGUUUCGGUCCGCGCUCAAGUUUCUGCACAAAAAUGUCGGGCCAAGCACUGGACUACGCCUUCAAGACGCAGAAGACAUCGAGGACGCGCCCUCGGCGAGUCUGAUUGCCACACUGUGGCAGGAGGUGACGGGCGCCGACCCCUGGACGAAGACCGCCUACCCCAAGAGCCUCACCGCCGCGCUGUUGGCCUUGGAAAACGGACUCGGGGGAGGCCGCCUGGUAGGAGGUGUGCCGAAGGCUAGUGAAGAGCCAGGUACUAGGUCAACAGCAUCCGAUUUCUCACACGACGAAGACACACAGCUGCGUCGGCGCAACCCCCGCUCGCGCUCGUCUUCUUCCCGCAGCAGCACUCCUCGCACGGGAGGAACACAAGGCAGAGCAUCGGGUCUUCGUCGGGAACGUGUCCGUUCUCGUGAUGGAGGUGCAAGAGUUGCCGGGGAAGAUGAAUCUCCGGCAGGAAGCACCUCGACCGCGGCGUCGGCUCUGGAACGGCGGCCGCCCACUGCUACGGUCUGCGAACAGUAUGUG